UGGAACUCGCCCUACGGCGGACCUCCGCCAUCGUAUCCCGGCCCGGGCGGCGCCGACCCCUUCGCGCCCCUCCACUUCCCCGACGCCAGCGGCAGCACCGGCGGCGGGUACGCGCCACACCAGCCUCCGUUCAGCGGCGGCGCCCCUCUCGGGGGCUCGAGCUACGGCUACGCGCCAUCGGGUGGCGCAGGCCCCUACGGCGGCGGUCCCUAUGGCCCGCCCACAAGUGGUCCGAUCCCCCAGGGCUACCCGUCGCAGUACGGCGGCUAUCAGACGGCGCCCGCUCCGUAUCCGGGACCCUACGGCUCCUCGGGGCCACAGCAGCAAUCCCAGCAAUACCAGAAUGUUCCGGUGCCCAAUUUGCAUGUUCCGCUGCAACCGUUGGUCUCGCACAACGCCACGCCUCCGCUGUCGUCGUCCGCGUCCCAAUUCCUCCUUCCGCACCACCUCAAUCCCUACCUUCAAUCCCCGCAACCCGUGCCACAGCACCAGCAGCACCCGUCCGCCUACCAAUCGCAACAACACCCAUCGCAGUACCAGCCGCAGCCUCAGCACCCGCCUGCAUUCCAACAACAGCAGCAGCACCCAUCCCAUUACCCGCCUCAACACUCGCAGCAGCAGCAACGGCCGCCGCAGCAACAGCAGGGACGCAGCAACGUGAUGCCGCCGCCCGACCACCGCCGGUUGUCGCAGCAGCCGCAGCAACAGCCGCCGCCGCAGCAGGAGUACCGUCGCGCGUCGCCGCCCAGCCAACACCGCGACGGUGGCCGCGGGGGCCGCGGCGACGGUCCGAGGAAAGCGUCGCUCGGCGGAGCGCACAGAGGCCCGGCGUCGGCGGCGCCCAUGUCUCCCAAAUUCCAGGGCGCGCGGCCGCCUCAGCAGCGCGGUGGGCGCGGUGGCAGCCCGCGCGGACCCUCGCGCAUCGGGACCGACCGGCCCGGCGGCCGGGGCAGCCCGAGCCCUCAGCGCCAGCAGCGCACCUCGAUGGCUGGACGAGCUCCCAGCUCACCGCAGGUCGAAGAUGAACCGCCGAUCGAAGUGCUGCUGGACAUCGACGCCGAGUUCGAGGAUUGCAAGCCCACCGGCAAGACGGGCUUGAGUUUCUAUUCGUCGGUGCUGGUGGCCGCCAAGACGCUCACCCUCACCGGCAAGAAGCUGGCCGAGUACUGGGUCAACCGCUACGCGGCCAUCGCCAAGGGCGACGCCACCGCCAAAGACGGCCUGCUACGAUACCAGCAGACACUCAAGAUCGCUCUCGACAAGUUGAUCGAGACGGUGCGCAAAGGCGCCGAGGGCCUGAAGGACGAGCAGGUGACGUUCCUCAACACGUCGGUGCAGGCCCUGCAGAGCUUCGUGGGCGUGCUCGCCGAGAGCACCGCCACCACCUCGCCCGCCAUCACCACGCGCAAGCAGAUCCAGGAGGAGCUCGACGGCGCCCUCCAGCACCUGCAGAGCAUCAUCUUCUCCGCCAAGAGCCUUCUCCUCGCCGCCGAGCUGUUGGGCGAGCUCAAGAUGCAGGCGCUCCGGGAGCAGUCCAAGCCGGCCCGGCCCUCGCACAGGGCAUCGACCCAGCCCAAGGAGUCGGCUGCGCACGACGAAAAGAAGAAGCGAGACGAUGAAGAAGAGCGGGAGUGGAAGCAACGCCGCGAGGCCAAGCGCGAGAAGGAGGAAAAGGAGCGAGAAAAGGCCAAGGAAAAGGAGAAGAGCGACAGGGAGGCCCGGGAGAAGGACGUGGCGGCGGCAGCGGCGGCUCGGGAGAGGGAGGCAGCCAAGGAAAAGGAAAGAGAAAGAGAAAAGGAGAAGGAAAGGGAGGAGAAGGAGCGCGAGAAGGCCACCAAGGCCGCCAGCGCCGCGAAGCCGGUCGAUCCGAUCAGCCUCAAGGAACCGGAACCGCCGAAAGUCGACAAAAAGGCUACCACGCACGCAGCGGCUCCCUCUGCACCCGCGCCCGCGCCUGUUGCCGCCCCCAAGCCCGCCCCCCAAGACUAUUCGUCGUUCCAGGGCGACACCGCGCCGGCCGAGUUGAGCGGGUACCUGCUGAAGCUGGGCGACAAGGGCCUGACCCGACGCUGGUCGCAGCGGUGGUUCCAGCAGAAGGGCAAAGCGAUCUACUACUACAAGGAACGGCCCAAGGCCGUCGGCACCUCCCGCGGCAACACCGACAUCGUCGAGAUCCACAGCGGCUGGCGCAGCAAGAAGGCCGUGGACAUGGACAAGGAGGACAUCAAGCCGCAGGGCCACUUCGACAUCCUCGAGGUCCAGAUGGUGAUGCCUGGCGCGAAGGUGAAGGGCGGGUACACGCUGGACGUGGUCGUGACCACGGGCCGCACCUACCAUCUCCAGGCCACCACAGUCGAGGACCAGAUGCGAUGGAUGAGCGGCAUCCUGGCCUGGCGCAACUACCUCUUCAGCGCCUCGAGCAACAAGGCCAGCGAAGAUAAUAUGGGUCUGCCGAUCAACGCCUCCAUGAAGACCAAGGAGAAGGUGGCAGCCCUAGAGAACUACGUCCAGGACCUCGAGAGCACGAUCAAGGCCGAGACGGAUGCGCUGGGCAUGAUGGAAAAGGGCGGCGCGACGCCGGCCGACACGGAGCCCAAGCGGGAGAUGCUGCGCGAACUCCAGGGCAAGAAGCAGAAGGCCCUCACCAAGCUCAAGGAGCUCGACAAGUCCGGCAAGAAGCCCGGCAAGGCGGCUGCGGCUGGACCGGCGGAGAUCAAGCGGCAGGACGCGCCGCCACCGCAGCAGAAGCGGGCGACCGACGCCAAGCUGCCCACCACCCGGCCGCCCACCGCGAGCCAGCCGCCUGCGGCCGCUGCCGAAGCCGGCUCUGGCAAAUCCGUAGAGCAGCUGGAGGAGGAGCUGAAGCAGGCCAAUGACAAGGUUAAGAAGCUCACCGCCACGAAGAGCGGCCUGGAGAAGCUCGUGGGCUUCUACGCCAAGGACCCGGCCGCCCAGCAAAAGGCCCAGCAAGAGGUGAAGCAGAUGCAGGACGACAUCGACAAACUCAAGAAACAGGCCCAGGACAUCAAGGCACUGCUCGAGCAGCGAAAGGCGGCCAGCGCUGCCCCGCCUGCAGCCACCGCGCCGGCGUCCCAGCUGAGCGGCUACCAAGCCCGCGCGAUGUUCCCCUUCAUGGGCCAAACCGGCGGCGAGCUGAGCUUCAACGCCGGCGACAUCAUCAACCUGAUUGACUACUCCCACGACGAAUGGUGGACGGGCGAGCUGAAUGGCCGGGAGGGCAGCUUCCCGUGUUCCUACGUGGAGACCAUCGACGGCGACGAAGAAGAGCAGCACGUCGCAGCUGCUCCGGCCGAGCCCGAGCCCGAGCCCGAGCCCACGCCACAGGCGGCGGCACACGUGGACUACCAGCAUCACUCCGCCUCGUCGGACGCGGUGGCCGCCGUGCACGAGAACGCCACCGGAGCGCAGGUCGAGGUCCUCUACGACUUCACGCCGCAGGACGAUGGAGAACUGGAGUGCAAGCAGGGCGACAUCCUGGACGUGCUGGACUGGCCGGACGACGAGUGGGUGCGAGCCCGGCUCAAUGGGCGCGAGGGCGUGGUUCCCGCUUCCUACGUGCAGGCGAUCGAAACCUUCCAGGCCGAUGAACUUCCCGAGGAGGGCGAGGCCGGUGAUUACUACACGGCGACCGCCCUGUACGAUUUCGACGGCCAGAACGAGCAGGAGCUCUCCUUCAAGGCGGGUGACGUGAUCACCCUUACCGAUUACUCUGAUGAGGAGUGGUGGCACGGCACCUUGAACGGUGUGGAGGGCAUGUUUCCCGCAUCCUAUGUCCAAACUCAGGACGAGUGA